UAAAACCAAAAUGUCGACAUGUGCUUUGUUUGUAGUGUGGUUGACACUCAGCAUAAUACCUUGAUCUACUAUGAGUCAGGCGUUAGCUGAGCAGUACAACACCGAUUAUGAUGUAGCCAACAACAAUCAACCAGAAUGGAACAAAUUCCUCCCGAGGAAUGGCCUGAUCGGGGAACAAAACAAAGGCGAGGGUACCAAUGUUUACAGUGGAACAGAUACGAACGAAAAACACAUUGCGGGAAAUAAUUUGCAAAACUCAAGUAAACAACCCGAGUCCCGUUUCAGCAACAUACAAGAUGGCAUUGAAUCAUCUAUUAGCUCUGAAGGCAAGGAGAGGGUGAACAGGAUUCUGAGUGAGGUGAACAGCUUGUCCGAUGUCGAGAAGUUGUUGCUUUACCUGAAGCUUCCAACCGGAGCCAGUCCUGAUGACAGUCUACGCCAAACCCCGACUUCCUUCCUGCACUCUUCAAACCGCAUCGAGCAGGCUCAGGCGUUCACCUGGAUCCGCAGUCACUUGGAGGAGGACAGUGAGAUUUGUGUGCCGAAGCAUGAGGUCUACGAUGACUACAGGCUGUAUUGCGAAAGUCAUAAUCUGAAGCCCCUGUGUCCGGCUGAUUUUGGGAAGGUCAUGAAAUGUGUGUUUCCAAAUGUCAAGCCACGUCGUCUUGGGCAGCGAGGACAAUCAAAAUAUUGCUAUAGUGGACUACGAAAGAAGCUUGAGGUGCAGCCACCAUCUCUUCCAGAACUGGAGAUCACGCCAAAGAAGGAAAAGGAAGAAAAGACUGAGGAAGAUGAAGUUUACACUGCUUCACGCCAGCUUGUGUGUGAAUGGGCACAUAAACUUCUGGGAACAAACUUCAACAACUUACGAGAAUUGGCGGAGUUUCUGGUGGGGAAUCUGUAUGUUAACAGUAAAUCAACUGCAGCAUUCACAGUGUUAGCGGCCAUGCAAGAUGCUGGACUUCAUAAUUCAAAAGUUCCUGUGUCAAGCCUGUUCACAUGCACGUCUGGUGGUAACAAACACAAGGAGACUCAACUUCAGCUCCAACGUAAGUUGCAAGAGAGAGAACUUAUCAAGGAACAGAAGCGAAGACUACAACAACAGCGAUCUGAGAAUGAGCGUGAGAAUGAUCAGCUUCGUUCACAAUCUCUUGGUCAAUCGCCAUCACCAUUUCAAUUAGCUGCAAAAAGUGCUGCUCGCAAUAUAACCAAGCUUCUACAGUCUCCUGGAGCCAGGGACAACUGUCUCAAGACAAGCCCCCAUAUUCUGCAGGAGAUGGUGAAACCACAAGACAGAAAGUCUGGCGUGGAGGCUACAACAGACAUUGAUUGUAAUGGCCACAGUGAUAUGGAUGUACAGGCUGAGAAAGUUGGUGUAAGUGGAAGGCAAAGUGAUAAUGGCCAAUAUCAUGUUGUCAAAAAGCCAGCUGUAAGGCCUGCAAGCCAGCUGGGAGAUAUUUCAGAUAAGGCAAUUCAGAAGACUGAUGUUCAGAUAGAACAUAAAUCAAAGCCUUUAAACUCUAAUUCUGAAACAAAUUCUGAAAAUGGACACUUUGCUUUGCCAACAACUCCAUCACGCAGUGCUUUUGUUCCUGUCUCGAAUCAGCGGAAGGAUUUUGGUUCAACAACCCAUCCUAAUUCAGGUUUAAUUGACUUCAUAGAGGAAUCAGGAGAAGAGAAGCAUACAUUACUAACUGAAACUUUAGACGAUACGAAGACUAACGGGAAGUCAAACUAUUUAAAAGACAUGCUUCAGAAAGAAACAAGUUCUGAUAUGAAAACCAGCAGCUCCCCUGUAAUUGUCAGUAGUGAAAGCAGCACUGUCACUGUUCCUUCCUCACCUCAGACUCCUAAAAAGUCUCGAAGUCGCUUUACACCAAUUCGCCCGAAGAUAACACCAACAAAGACCGUAUCAUCGAUCCUCAAGGACCACAAGAAUGCCAAUGGUGAGGGUCCUGCAUAUGACAGCAGACCUGUUUCAGCUAUUCUGAAAGAAAAACGUGCCCGUGAAGCCCAAGAAAUUUUGACUCAAUUGGCAAGCAAUGUUCAGCUGCAGAGUAGUCCUUUGCCUCAUGGUAUGAAUGUUUCUGGACCUGUUUCCUCUGUUUCUUCAGAUGUUCUUAAGUUGCCACUAUCUGCGGGGAGUGGUUCAAAUUCAAAUGAGGUUUUCAUUAUUGUGGGAUCGCCAAAAGCAGGAACAUCUAAAGUAGGUAGUCAGUCAAUCACAGUAUCUCAAGGAGCAUUUGACAUGAUGAGCAACUCCCAGUUUCCUCCCAAUGUGACGGCACCGAUGCCAUCUUCAGUUCCACUAACUUUGUUGCUGGCAAAACAAGAAGAAAUGCAAUUUCAAGGUCAUGGGAGAUUGGACAGCAACUCACAGGAUAAUUCAGAUUUAUCUGAUAAUGGCAAUGUCACGGACAGUGAUAUACAAAAGUCUGAUGAAUCUCAGGACAUGAUCAUUUCAAGAGACACUGAUACACCAUCAGGAAGAAAACGUAAGUCCAGUGACAGAGAUGUGGAAAGUAAAACCAAAAGAAUGAACUCCAUUGAUGUAAGAAAUGAAGAAGAUGAAGUAUUUCUUUCUCCUGGGGAAACACAGACGGCAAUAACAGCUGUUCCAAACUCAAAAACAGUGUCUGUUUUGGUUCAGGCUGAGGCAGUGUCAUGUGGCUAUGAGAGUCGUGCAUCUGGUGGCAAGCUGAGCGUUGAGAGCCUGGAGAGUGAUGCCUUACUUGACAGUACACCCAUGGCAGUGGACCAGGAGCUGGUUUCUUCUCUUUCAAAACCAAAACUUCUAACAAGUCAGACUGCUUCUAUUGGCAUUAGUGCUAAGUCAAUGAGAUCAACACAAAAACAACUUCUGCAACAGAAACUUCAGCUGGACCAGCGAGUCAGUAAUUAUCUCAGCAAAGGUAAUAAAAGCAAGGAGAUGGAGACUGUCGCACAACAACUGUCAGUGGUAGACAAGUCAAGGGUGGAGCAAAUACUGCAACAGUACAUUCAGCAUCAGCAAAAGCGGGAUGUAAAAUCAAGUGUAGCAUACCCAAGCAAAUCAACACCAGUCCCUAAUAAUCAACCAGUCAACCUCUUGUCUUUACUGCAAAGACCUGUGUUUGAUAGCAAAAAGUCAGUGUUGAGUUCUGUUAGCAAAACAAAGGAAAUUUAUCUGAAUAUUGAGAAAUCGGGUCAGAAAAUGUCACCUGAUGAAAACGCCCAGCUAGUAGUGAACAAAGAUUCUCCUCUUGUGAAUAGCAAUACAGUGGAUAUGUGUGAAGAUAGUUCAGAUUUACCAUCAGAUGUUGCAGAUUUUAUCACAGAAAAUAUGGCUGCCAGAGAAAAUACAACUGGGCCAGUUAAUCCUGCAAACCAUCAAAUGAAAGAUCCACAAACCGCCGGGACAUCUAACAAAGUGAGGCACUUGCUUCAAACAGACAAUGCCCAGCAUCAAGAUGAAUAUGAAACUGAUGAUGCUGGUAUUCGUGGAACCACCGAACAAUUUACUGUUCCUUCCACCCCACCACCACGCCAAAAAGAGCUAGCCAGUUCUAAACCCAGGUUUGCAACUGUUCAGAGGAGUGCCUCUCUACCAAUGUUUGCUCCACCUCUAGCCAAUAAUCAGUGCCAAACAUCUCUAAUGACACUUGGAAAAGGACUAGAUAUGCCAGCUCCCCCGAACCGAGUAAUAGAUUCAAGUUCACCACAGCCCUUGCAUCAAAAACCAGCAACUCCCGUUAGUUUUACUAACUGUGUCCGUCAACUUUCUGGAAGGCAACGGCAAAAUUCAAUUGACCGUCUCAGUAACCACACUCCCAUGUCAGAUGCAGGUUACCAUAGCUUCGAUGCAAGUCCUGUGAUGAAUUCUACACCAAUACCUCCAGUAGGAACAAGUGAUAGUUUGAUACAUAAUACCAGCAAUACAAGUACAAAUUCUGUGAGAUCUGAUUCAGCACAGAGCUUAGUUAAUGAGUCAGUUGUUGUGCCAAGUCCUGUGCAACUUGCAUCACCUCAAGUUCACAGUGCACGGUCAACACCCAGCUCAAUCAUGUCACCACAAAUGGCAUCCCAUAAUAGUAUCAACACAAGCCCCAGUGAGACUACCACUUCUCCCAAUUCGUUUAUACCUAUUCAGGGUGGACUGACAACAAGCUAUUCAACACUUACUAGUCCCCAGUUGGUGACUCCCAUCAAACCCCAGGUGACAGUAGCAGCGUCCCCCAGCACUGUGUCGUCAUCGUCCUUCAGUAGCAGUAUCUUGAUGCAGCUUACAUCCAAUAAUAACGGCGACUGCAAGUCCAGUCUCCUGUUCCAUCACACACAGAAUGACCAGCUUAAGCAGAGGGAUAUGAAGCAGUCUUCAAGUACCACAGAUGUGAAGGUGGCAAAUGGUAAAACAGGGGUUUUGCAUAAACUACUCAAUUCAAAGAGUUUGCCAAGUUAUGAAGAGGCUGUACACCACUUGGGCAGGGGCAACUGUGAUGACAAUGGUACAAGUGGUACCAUUGGUGUGACAUCAGUUGCAAAGCCUUGCUUAGAGACAAAAGCUCCUCCACAACAGCCUGUCAAAAGUGUCAAUGCCAGUAACCAUGUGAAUGUAUCGCUUGCACGGUCAUUAAGUUUCUCUGAAACUGAUUUAAAGGUGAAAUUAAAUGACAGUGCAGAUACCCAAGACAGAACUACAACAGGAUCAGAUGGAAGACACAUCUCUACGAGUGAAUACCCCUUCUCUUAUCAACUUGCAUUACUUAGAGAAAAAUGUUUAAAUCCUCCCGGAAAGGAGAAUAAAAGUGAACAAGGUAAUAACGGCAAAGGGCAAUCCGUCCAGAGAAUGUCAGCAGUGAACAUAAAGCCCUCCGAACCUAAAACAUUUUCAAAUGGUAAUUGUGCCAAUGAAUCAAAGGAGACCAAACUACCUGAUACCCAGCAGGCAGAUUCCACUGUUGAGGCGAAGGACAAUUUCAUUCAUGGUAAAGCUAAUGUGACACAUCAUCAUUAUGGCACUGCUGCACAGAAACUUUCAUCAUUAAACCAAAGCAUGCCUGUGUCAAGUUCAAAUGCACGACUGAAAGCGUCAACAACUGUGAUAAAACCAUCUGCAAGUCCAGCAUAUCCACGCACAUUUUCUACUGGCUUGGUGCCUUCUAUUCCAUCCAGUGAACUGUCAUCUACCAAUAAAUCUAGGCAGCUGGCACCAACAGCAUUUGCUACUUUUGAUUUACCAAAUGUCAACUAUAUGGGUAAUGCCCCCAAUAUUGACCUUGGAAGUAUUCUGCAGGGCAAGCAGGGAGCAGGUGGAGGUCUUAACGCCACCGAUAGUGCUGGUGGUGACCGGAGCAGAUUUAGCUUGAUGCAGGCAUUACAGCCCACACAGACAAUAAAUGAGGAGGAGCUGCAGUCAACAUUAGAGAUCCUGCGCAGUCUAGACAGUCAGUAUUUCUCUCAGUCCGACCUGGACCUAGACACCAUGCAGCCCACCCUACAGCAAUCACAUCAAUCUUCCUCUCAACAUGAAUUUCAGCUUCAGCUUCAGUCACAGUCACUUUCUGUUAACCCAGUAGAUCAGGAUGGUGAUGCAAACUCGACUGCUUCCUCUGAUAUUCAAGAGCGGAAGAAUAACAUGAAGUCAUUUUCAAAUAAUGUGUCCAGCAGAUAACUGAUAGCCGUUUUUGCUCACUUCUUUCUAUCAAAGCAGUAAUGCUGUUGAUAACUCGAUCAUAAAACUUUAUGAUUAUUAGGAGAUGACAAAUGCAUGGCUUGUGUUCAUCUUAAAUUAUUAUGGCAAUUAUGUCAUUUGUACAUUUGUGUUAAUCAUAUUGAUAGCCACGUUGAUGAACAGUGUGUUGUGUGUUUGGGAAACAGUUCAGAUCUGUAGCUUGUCCAAGUCAAUCAUUCAGUCCCUGUUGUAGUAUACAUUUAAAAUGUGUGUACAUUUUGUGAAAAUAACUAGCCAAACACAUGCCAUGGUACCUAGCUGAUCAACAAGACAGGGUCACAGUAUUGGACCAACAAAUUAUUGUUACUAAUUCUAUCUUAUCAGUAGUGCAUACAGUUGCCUUUUGUAUAAACCCAACAUUAAAUGAUCUGACAACCUGUCUAAUCUGAUGAUA